GCAGUUUAUUUUAGAACUAUCUCCAUUUACUUUUUAGCAAAAAUCUCUUUGCUUUCUUGAAAAGAACGAUGGCUUCGAAGAAAGUAAGUUUUCAUUAUUAUAUCUCUGUUUAUAAAGAUAAGGAUGGCUUAGUAUCCAAAGAAUUUUUAAAAUAAUUUAAAUAAAAGUUUCCCAAGAGAAGAUGCUGUAGAAUUAUUUUUUAUUGAGACAAAAUAGUUCAUCAGCCUUAAAUUUCUAAUGAAAAAUGAAAGAAAUUGUUAGAUAAGCGCGCCCAUUAUGAAUGAAGAAGAAGAACAAAAAAAUGAAAUUUUCGAUUGGAUUGAAGCUGUUAUUAAGCGUUCAAUUGAUCGUUCACCAGGAUUUCAGCCGGUAUUGAAAGAUGGCCUUAUUCUUUGCGAGUUAAUGAAUGUUCUGCUGCCUGGUAGCGUUAAAAGGGUGAAUAAGAAAGGAUCUGCUUUUCAACUUCGCGAAAAUAUUGCUGCUUUUCAAGGAGCUGCCAAAAAGUUUGGCAUGCCUGAUGAUGAAAUCUUUCAAACAGUGGAUCUCUUUGAAAAUCGUAAUAUAAAACAAGUUAUAAAGUCUCUACAAGCUCUUGGAAGAGUAGCAACAAACAAGAAAGACUAUGACGGUCCUAAAUUUGGACCGAAAAUGUCAUCUGAGAACAAAAGAAAUUUCUCUGAAGAACAAAUCAGACAAGGAAGAGACGCUCAAAUAGGCCUGCAAGCAGGACAAAAUAAAGGAGCAUCACAAGCUGGACAAAACAUGGGAAAACAAAGAAUGAUAGCGGACUAGUCUUGAGAGCUUAUAAAAGAUAACGAGAUUAUAAUAGAUAAUUGAUGAAAAAAAUUGAUAAAAUUCUCAUAGUUGAUGGAUUAGUUAGUGAUUUCUACUGUAGUAUGAUAAUAAAAUAAAACUAUGAAUGAUUUGAUUAAAGAUCUAUUUAUACAUAGAAUGUAAAAAAAUGCUUACAU